CCUCCAUAGUAACGUUACCGGGGUUGAGCGGCGGAGCCCUGACACCUGUGGCAGACACGGAUUAUUUUUUGAAAAUCCUUAUCUCAGACUUUUGUUUACAGCUUCAAAAUCCGUGGAAAUGUUCAAUAGUAAUUUCAGGGACUUUGAUGAGGAUCCGUUCUUCUCGGAUCCAUUCCGGGCUCACAGGGAACAUAUGCGGCAGAUGAUGCGUAGUUUCUCUGAGCCAUUCGGCGGGCCAUUAAUGCCCAGCAUAAUGGAUGGGAGAAGCCGUGGUCACGACAUGGCAGAAUAUCCAAGCUCAUCCGUGGGGCUGAGGGAUGAACACAGGGAUAUGAGCCGGUCAUUGUUGCCCUUUGGCGGUACUGACAGCACGGACAUAAUGAGGAACCCUUUCAGCAUGUUUGACAACGUUAUGGCCAACGUGAGAAACAGGAUGCAGGACAUGCAGCGUGAGAACAUGCCCACAGAUUCAAACACCCACUCAUUCAGCUCCUCAUCAGUCAUGACAUAUUCAAAGGUUGGAAAUGAGGCUCCUAAGGUCUUCCAGGCGACCUCAUCAACACGCCGUGCCCCUGGAGGGAUCAAGGAGACCCGGCAAGCAAUUAAAGACUCCGAGAGUGGUCUGGAGAAGAUGUCAAUUGGUCACCACAUCCAGGACAGGGGACAUGUUGUUGAGAAGAAAUAUAACAAGAAAACAGGAGAGAAGGAGUUCAACCAGGAUUUUCAGAAUUUGGAUGAAUCUGAAGCACAGUCUUUUGACGAUGAGUGGCAGCAGGAGGUGUCAAAGUUCCAACCAUCUGGCCCCAUGUCUCGCCUGGAGGAAGCCCGACCCCGUGCUGUUCGCUGGGCAGCCCUCACCAGUCCUGAGCAGGCCCAAAGAGACCAAUCAAAGGGCAGGGCUGAGGGUAAAAGCAACAUGAAAGGCUCGGACUCAACAAAGCAGUAAAACCAUCUGUUUGUGUGCUUAUUAAAGUCUUUUUAAGCAUCUUACAGUACACUCUGGUGCUCUGUAUCCAGACACACACACACACACACACACACACACACACACACACACACACACACACACACACACACACACACACACACACUAGUUUCAUUAACAAGAUAGAUAGAAUCAGGAGUUACUGACCCAGAUUCUGAAAUAUUUAAGAGACUAUACAUUUUACAUUACUGCUGCCCGUUUUCUAAAGCAUACUGCACAAAAUGAAAAACAAUUUGCUGAGAAUUGAGACCCGCUGAAGACAGCUGCCCUAUUACAGUGGACAUUUAUUCUGCUGUUUCAGGGAUAAGAUUACUCCUCCCAUCUCACUGUUAAUAUUUUGAAUCUUAGCACAGCUCACACUUGAGUUUAAAACAUUAAGAUCACAAGGCAUAUGAGGUUGAGCAAGGCAGUAAUAAAACUAAAAUCCUAUGGUAUUGCUUGGAGAAUGGUUGACAGGAAUGUGACAAAUACAUAAUUUGUAGUGUGUUGGCCGUAGAAUAUACAAAACCAGUGGUAUAAUACUUUUACAAUAUUAAUACUUUUUAUACACUCAUAAGAACAUUACAAUAAAGGUACAAAGGGUCCUUAAACCCCUCAUAUCAACCAGGAAACUAAAGGGGUCAGAAGUAUUCCUGUGGUUGUAGUGAAGUUGAAACACAUAAAAAUAAUCUCAAUGUAAGAAAUACAUUAAUAUGUGAGGCCAUAGGCAGCACUUAUAUGAUAACACAUUAACAGUCAAAGAGAAAUUAAUUUAUAUCAUUUUGCACCAGGGGAAUAGAAUUUACUCUAUGUAAGGUAUUCUGAUGAUUUCAUCUGUUUCUCACAUUAUGUCAUUUUCAUCCUGCAACAAGCCACAAAAUUAGUGAGUUAUUGACUGUUUGAGAUACACUAAUGCACUGAGACAAUGUCUAAAUUGCCUUUUUGUAAUUGUAUUGUCUGGUACCUGAUGUUCUAGAUAUAUGUAUUAUAUCUGCUGUAAUCUUUGUAAAAAGAAAAAUAAUACUCUUCCCUUUUUAUAUUGUUACUUUGGUUUCUGUUGUUUUUCAUCGAAUGAACUCUGUGCAGCACGGUACAAACUCUUGACAAUGUCUGGAUUAUUCUCAAUAAUUCAAGCUUUGUUCUUGUAUAUUUUUUCAAGGUUUUAAAAAAAAAAAGUCCUGUGUCAACACAGACUAUUGUCUGAAAAUA